CGCUACUCCGGCGGAGGGAUACAGCCCUACAUAUAUAGCAGGGAGGUGCAGGCUCACACCUACAGCAUUUGUCAGGGGGGAGCCGCUCGGAGGAAGUAGCAGCCGCUGCAGCUCCUGCUCCUUUGCUUGAGCAGCCCGUGUAGCAGCACCAGCAGCUACCUAACCCAGCGCAACCACCCCUACGCAAUGGCUGAUCAGCUGACUGAAGAACAGAUUGCUGAGUUCAAGGAAGCUUUCUCCUUAUUUGACAAAGAUGGUGAUGGCACCAUCACAACAAAAGAGCUUGGGACUGUCAUGAGGUCACUGGGUCAAAACCCAACAGAAGCAGAAUUACAGGAUAUGAUCAACGAGGUAGAUGCUGAUGGCAAUGGUACUAUCGAUUUCCCUGAGUUUUUGACCAUGAUGGCCAGAAAAAUGAAAGACACUGACAGUGAGGAAGAAAUCCGUGAGGCAUUCCGAGUCUUUGACAAGGAUGGCAAUGGUUAUAUCAGUGCAGCAGAACUACGUCAUGUUAUGACAAACUUAGGAGAAAAGCUAACAGAUGAAGAAGUAGAUGAAAUGAUCAGAGAAGCAGAUAUUGAUGGAGAUGGACAAGUGAACUAUGAAGAAUUCGUACAGAUGAUGACUGCAAAAUGA